GGCUUUUGUUCCCGUCCUCGGCUCCGUCCCUCCGUCCCUCUGUCCGUCCGCCCCCGGCCUCGGCCUCCCCACCGCCCAGCGCCCGGACACCGAACCAAGCCCAGCCUCCCAACAUGGCUGAAAUCAGCAUCGACCAGUCCAAGCUACCUGGAGUCAAAGAAGUGUGCCGAGAUUUUGCUGUCCUAGAGGAUCAUACACUGGCCUACAGUCUACAGGAACAGGAGAUUGAGCAUCAUUUGGCAUCAAAUGUUCAGCGGAACCGCUUGGUUCAACAUGAUCUACAGGUGGCCAAGCAGCUGCAAGAAGAAGAAGACCUGAAAGCAAGAGCACAAAUCCAGAAACGCCACAAAGACAUAGAACAGCAGGAUUGUGAAAUAGCUCAGGAAAUCCAAGUGAAACUUGUGAUCGAAGCUGAGCGUCGGCGCAGACAGGAAGAGAAAGAUGAGGAUAUUGCUCGCCUACUGCAAGAGAGGGAAUUGCAGGAAGAGAAGAAAUGGAAGAAGCACUAUUCAGGACCCCCAGGGACCAGUGCUUAUGAAGAAGACUACUACCCUGAAAAUGGAGACCACCCAAGGUCAGGGAGGACCAGGGAACUUGUUUAUGAGUCCCCAAGGCCCCGCAGACCCUUGAACUACGACAGGCCUGUGAGGCGGCGAAAGGAGGAGCAAAAUACAGCACCCAGCAAUUGGGAAGAACCCAAGGAUCCUGCCUCUGAGAUUUGUCCAUCAUCGGCUGGGCGGGUCAAGUUCAGAGACGAUCAUCAGGCCAACAGGGAGCGGCGGGAGCAGAAGCAUUCUGGCCGUGAAAGGCCACAGAGACCUCCCUUGCCUAAGAUCAGCGGAGAGGUUUUUCUGAGCACUGAGUUCGACUGGGAGCCCAGUGACAGUAGGUUACGGAACUCAGAUAAGCACAGGCCACAUCACCAAGAACGUCUUUCUCCGAAGCCCUCACCAAAACCUAGGUCUCAGGAUAAGGAAGACACAUGUAAGAGGGACCAUGGGCCGGGUGAACACAGAGAUAAGAGAAAAGGACAGAGGCCUGGGACUCCUCCCUCCUCACAAAAAGAGGCCCGGGAAAGGGAUCACGAAUACCUCAGUGACCCAGGAAUAAAGCCAAAGGGGACAAAAGAAGCAAUCUCUUCCCAAUCUCGAGUGGCGCACAGGGAUCAGGAAUUAUAUGAUGCAGAAAUAGCUAGGAAACUGCAAGAGGAAGAACUUAUGGCUAAUCAGGUUGAUAAGAGAGCAGCUCAAGUAGCCCAGGAUGAGGAAAUUGCUCGGCUGCUGAUGGCUGAAGAGAAGAAAGCAUAUAAGAAGGCAAAGGAAAGGGAGAAGUCCUCAUUAGAAAGGAGAAAGCAGGACCCAGAGUGGAAGUUUACUGAACCCAUCCGCCCAAAGACAAGAGAGAGUCAUGAGCCUCAUUGGUCCAAGAAUGAUCAACCAGCACGGCCACCACCUCCUUCUAUGCCUGAUGCUGAAGAUUUGGACUAUUCCUUUUUCACACAGAACCAGCCUAGUUCUACCCGUCCAUUUCCAAAACCUGAACCCUCUCAUAAAGGUCACCGUUACAAGCAGUAAAAGCAUAGGAAUCUGCCUCAAAACUAACUGUAGCAAAUAUAUUUACUGGAGUACACAGGAUGCAUCUUCCAUUUCUUCUCCUGGAUUUCAAUUCCCUGGACUUUUUUUUUUAAUUUCUUUCUGUCCAAAUGUGACAUAUGUUUAUUUCAAGGUUCUAGUUAUUUAUGAACACUCAGAAAGUAGAAUAAAAUCUAGCUUCUUGAUAUUUGGUCAACUCCACAUUGUGUGUAUAUAUAUGUGAUUGGCAAUUUAUCAGCUGACUCCAUCGAAGAAGUUCCAUUCUGUUUAGGUAUAGAGCCCGAGUAACUGGGAGUUAGAUUUUAUGUAGCAAUUUUUAUGGUAAGAAAUAGCUGAAGCAAGACAUGAUAUUUGGUUGUGACAAUGCAAAAUAAAUUGCUGAAAGAAA